UACAAACCAUGAUAAGACUGUUGAUAAGACAUCAAUCGGCAGUUAAAAUUACUCGUGUUUCAACGACUUAUUUGAAUUAUCAGGCAAAGACUAUGGCUACUGACGCUCGACCAAAGGUAUUUGUAACCAGGCGAGUGCCUGUACGAGGCAUUGACUUGCUUAAAGAUAAGUUUGUGGUGUCCCAAUGGGACCGAGAAGACCGGAUUCCGCGAGAGGAGCUUCUUAGAGGUGCCAAAGGGGUAGACGCUUUGUUCUGUUUGUUGACAGAUAAAAUUGAUAAAGAUGUUUUAGAUGCGGCAGGUCCUCAAUUAAAGACAAUUAGUACGAUGUCGGUGGGUUACGAACAUAUUGAUUUAACGGAAUGUAAGAAAAGAAACAUUCCGGUUGGUUUUACACCGGAUGUCUUGACCAAUGCGACAGCUGAACUCACCAUGUCUUUGCUUUUAGCUACCUCAAGGAGAUUAAAAGAAGGAAUGAUAGCCGUAGAGGAUGGUAGUUGGGGUACGUGGAAUCCAAUAUGGAUGCUUGGACAUGGAUUAGAUGGCGCCACUGUUGGCAUUGUUGGACUAGGUCGAAUAGGAUUGGCUGUAGCAAAAUGUCUUCUGCCAUUUGGUGUUUCUAGAAUUAUUUACAGUGGCAACAGCCAGUCUAAGAAUGAACAGGAGGUGAAUGCUGAAUUUGUUACUUUUAACAAUUUACUGGAACAUUCCGAUUUUAUUUUGGGAUGCUGCUCAUUAACAGCAAAUAACAUUGGACUAUUUAAUGCGGAAGCAUUUAAUAAAAUGAAAACUUCAGCGAUAUUUGUCAACACAAGUCGUGGAGGGUUAGUGAAUCAAGAUGAUCUUUACAACGCUUUAAAAAGUGGUAAGAUAGCCGGUGCUGGACUUGACGUGACAACUCCGGAACCACUACCGACAGACAGUCCUCUAUUAACAUUAAAUAACUGCUUGGUUCUACCUCAUAUUGGAAGUGCGACGGAAAAGGCGAGAAGCGCCAUGUCAGAAUUAACGGCUAGAAAUAUCAUAGCUGUAUUCGAAAAUAAAGAAAUGCCUAGUCGGCUAAACAUUCAAUAACAAA